AUGAACACAUCGAGCAACAACAUAGUUUCGUCGACGACCACUACUUCGUCGAAAUACAAUUUCUUACCAAAGUUCAGUAGUCAUUAUCACCAUCACCAGCCAUGUAAUACUGGUAAUAGCAAUAAUAACGAUGUAAUGACAAAUCAGCUCCAACAACAACAACAACAACAACAACAACAACAACAACAGCAGCAGCAGCAGCAGCAGCAAUCGCGAAUGAUUUCUAAUGAAAUGAUUGAUUCUAUUGCCCAAAGUUUAGCUCAGAACAGAACAGUCAGUUCAUCCUCGUCGAUUUUAAGUACACCGAGUAACAAUAUCAGAAAGUAUCGACAGCGACAGCAACAACAAGCACAACAACAACAAGCACAACAACAGCACCACCAAAGUCGUCAACAUCAACCUCGACACGUUGAUCACGAAAAUGAAGAGAAAUUGGCCAAGUCCGACAAAACACCAAGAAAUGGGCAAUUGAUCAAAACUAAACUACUCAACUUGCAUCAAUCUUCGAGACAGCCUUCGAAAACAUUAAAGAUAGCGUCUUCUUCUGCACAAGAAGCACAAAAUAAGCUGCGACAUCCCCAGCUGACCAACUCCAAGCAAGCGUCGAGACUGGUAGUACCGCAGCCCGUGGUUCACAAUGCUGAGUAUUUCUGCCAAUCUUUGAUUUUCGCCAACUGCUUAUCCAGCGAUGAAGACGAAGACGAAGAUGGAGAUGGAAACGGGUCCCGAUCCGCCGAUGAAGGGUCAGGUGCAACUGGUUUCGCUUUGCCACCGAGGAAAUAUAUAAACUCCAUACCAGGCUACACCAAGGGUGAGUUGGAUGAAUUGCUCACGAAAAACACAAUGCCAAAUCUCUCCGUUUUCAACACUCCAAGCCAGGAAGAAGCGGAAGAGCAAAGGAUUCUCAUGGAGUACAAGCGAAAGCAGCUUUACCAGCUGGAGAGAUUGGCCCUCAAAACAACCUCCAUCAUGGUGAAGCGACAGUUGCAAGUUGCGCAAAAGAAGGAAAUCUUGAUCAAGAUCUUUGGCGACAACAACUGCAUGAACCACGAAAUCUUGACUAAUAACGAAUAUAACCGGCAAGAUUUGUAUUUGGCGCAAGAAGAAGACCGCGAAGAGAUGAGCAAUUUAAUCGCCGAAGACUCGUCUUUCCGCUUUGACCAGGACGAGUUUCGCGAACUGAGGAGAAAAAUAGACGACGGCAAGGACGAGAAGUUGAGCAUGUUUCACGACGACGGUGACGCCAUGGAAACGAAGGAGAAGUUGCUGUUGGAGAAGUUCAAAAAGGGGUUGUUGUUGUUUGCUGGUGGAGACCAAGCGGAAGAUCAUCAAAUGACGAGUGAGAAUAGGGAGGCCUUGUUGCAGUUGGGGUUGAACCAUUUGCGAGCUUUAGCAAAAGAGGGAAGAGACGAUGAGCAGAGUGAUGUUAUCUAA